AUGGAGAUGACAAAGGAGUUCGAGAUGACCGACAUUGGAUUAAUGUCAUACUACCUUGGCAUUGAAGUAAAGCAAGAAGAAAAUGGAAUCUUCAUUACUCAGGAAGGCUAUGCAAAAGAGGUGCUUAAGAAGUUCAAGAUGAAUGAUUCAAAUCCAGUUUGCACGCCAAUGGAAUGUGGAGUCAAGUUGUCAAAGGAAAAAGAAGGAGAGAGUGUGGAUCCAACACUCUUUAAGAGUUUAGUUGGAAGCUUACGAUAUCUAACGUGCACAAGGCCCGACAUCCUAUACGCAGUUGGAGUUGUCAGUCGAUACAUGGAGCAUCCAACAACAACUCAUUUCAAGGCAGCUAAGAGGAUCCUACGCUAUAUCAAAGGUACAAUCAACUUUGGCUUGUACUACUCCAUCUCUGAAGAUUACAGGCUUGUUGGAUAUAGCGAUAGCGAUUGGGGUGGAGACGUAGAUGACCGGAAAAGCACAAGUGGCUUCGUGUUUUUCAUUGGAGAAACCGCUUUCACAUGGAUGUCAAAGAGGCAACCAAUAGUCACCCUUUCUACUUGUGAAGCGGAGUAUGUGGCAGCUCUUCAUGUGUUUGCCAUGCUAUUUGGCUACGAAACUUGUUAA